CCGCAGCUGCGAGGCGCUGAGGGGAGAGGCUCCUCCGCCAGCGCCGCGGUGGGGACCCGUUAGAGCGGAAGCGCUACAGCCGCCGCCACCUCUUUCGCUGUCCCGGCGCCUCAGGUACCCGGCAAGUAGGAGGCGGGAGCCAUGUCGAAGAGGCUCCGGAGCAGCGAGGUGUGCGCUGACUGCAGCGUGCCGGAUCCAUCCUGGGCAUCAGUAAAUCGGGGAACUUUCAUAUGCGACGAGUGCUGCAGUGUCCAUCGGAGUCUAGGACGCCAUAUCUCACAAGUAAGGCAUCUUAAACACACACCGUGGCCUCCAACCUUGCUUCAGAUGGUUGAAACCCUGUAUAAUAAUGGUGCUAAUUCUAUAUGGGAGCAUUCUUUGCUGGACCCUGCCUCUAUUAUAAGUGGAAGACGUAAAGCUAAUCCACAGGAUAAAGUACAUCCUCAUAAAGCGGAAUUCAUCAGAGCCAAGUAUCAGAUGCUAGCAUUUGUUCAUCGUUUGCCCUGCCGGGAUGAUGAUAGUGUGACUGCCAAAGAUCUUAGUAAGCAACUCCAUUCAAGCGUGAGGACAGGGAACCUUGAAACCUGUUUGAGGCUGUUAUCUUUAGGAGCACAAGCCAACUUCUUUCACCCUGAAAAAGGAAAUACCCCGCUCCAUGUUGCCUCCAAAGCAGGACAGAUUUUACAGGCAGAAUUAUUGGCAGUGUAUGGAGCAGACCCAGGCACACAAGAUUCCAGUGGGAAAACUCCUGUUGAUUAUGCGAGGCAAGGAGGGCACCACGAGCUGGCAGAACGCCUCGUAGAAAUACAGUAUGAGCUGACUGACAGACUAGCCUUCUAUCUUUGUGGCAGGAAACCAGAUCACAAAAAUGGACAGCACUUUAUAAUACCUCAAAUGGCAGACAGCAGCCUGGAUUUGUCUGAAUUGGCAAAAGCUGCUAAGAAGAAACUUCAAUCUUUAAAUAAUCAUUUGUUUGAAGAACUUGCCAUGGAUGUGUACGAUGAAGUUGACAGGCGAGAGACUGAUGCAGUCUGGCUUGCCACGCAAAACCACAGCACCCUGGUGACUGAGACAACCGUCGUCCCCUUCCUUCCGGUCAAUCCUGAGUACUCUUCAACACGGAACCAGGGCAGACAGAAAUUAGCUCGAUUUAACGCCCAUGAGUUCGCCACGCUGGUUAUUGACAUUCUCAGUGAUGCCAAGAGGAGACAGCAAGGCAGUCCUCUCUCUAGUUCAAAAGACAAUGUGGAACUCAUCCUGAAAACAAUCAAUAACCAGCACAGUACUGAGAAUCAAGACAAUGACCAGCCAGACUAUGAUAGUGUUGCAUCAGAUGAAGACCCAGAUCUGGAAGCCACUGCAGGCAAGGCAAACAGGCAGAAGAGCCUAGAUUCAGAUUUAUCAGAUGGACCAGUCACUGUGCAGGAAUUUAUGGAGGUCAAAAACGCUCUAGUGGCUUCUGAGGCCAAGAUACAACAGCUAAUGAAGGUGAAUAACAACUUGAGUGACGAGCUGAGAAUUAUGCAGAAAAAGCUUCAAACACUCCAGAGUGAAAAUUCGAACCUCAGGAAACAGGCUACAACCAAUAUAUAUCAGGUGCAAACUGGUUCUGAGUACACAGACACUUCCAACCACUCUUCCUUAAAGCGACGUCCAUCUGCCCGGGGCAGUAGGCCCAUGUCCAUGUACGAGACGGGAUCAGGUCAGAAACCAUAUCUCCCAAUGGGAGAAGUGAGCCACCCCGAAGAGAACAGGACGAGACUCCAGCCUUUCCCCGCACAUAUUGGGAGGAGUGCGCUUGUGACCUCCUCUUCGUCUCUGCCUUCCUUCCCCUCCACACUUUCCUGGUCCAGGGACGAAAGCACCCGAAGGGCAUCUAGACUGGAGAAGCAGAACAGCACACCUGAGAGUGACUAUGACAACACUCCCAAUGACACGGACCCAGAUGACAUUGGGUCAAGCAGGAAGGGAAGGCAGAGGAGUAUGGUGUGGCAAGGUGAUGGCUUAGUACCAGAUGUGGCAGAACCUGCCACUGCCCCAAGCCCCAUCCUCCCCAGCACCGAAGAUGUCAUCCGGAAAACUGAACAGAUCACCAAAAACAUCCAGGAACUCUUAAGAGCAGCCCAAGAAAAUAAACAUGACAGUUAUAUUCCCUGCUCAGAGAGGAUACACGUGGCUGUUACCGAAAUGGCAGCAUUAUUCCCCAAAAAACCCAAGUCUGACAUGGUGAGGACUUCCCUUCGCUUACUGACAUCCAGUGCCUACCGACUCCAGUCAGAGUGCAAGAAGACGCUCCCAGGUGACUCAGGCCCGCCCACGGACAUCCAGCUGGUCACGCAGCAGGUCAUCCAGUGUGCAUACGACAUUGCCAAGGCCGCCAAACAGCUGGUCACCAUUACCACCAAAGAGAACAACAACUGAACUAGUGGAGUGCUGACCCUUCUAUUUUCUAGGCUUUUCAAAGUCCAGUUACAAAUUGAGACAUGGAACUCUUCUGAUUUUUACCAGAAACAAACAUUUAAUGAAAGUUAAAAACUUUUUUUAAAAGCUCAGUAUUAUUUUUGCAUGUUUUCUAACAAAUUUUCAACUAUUAAUUUAACCCACUUGCCUUAUUUUGUGACUGUGAGUUAAUGACGGUAGACAUCCAAAAGCAUAGCUUCAUUGUUGCAAGUUUGUUACAACUUUUCCAACCCUUAAAACUCCCUGCCUAUGGUUAAAACUAUAAAUGAGAUGUUUUAGUACAUUUUCUUGAGAGUGUUGGGGAAAAAAUAAUCUACAUUGUCUGUUCCCUACCAAACAUUGUGCAAUAACUGAAUUUUCCAACCUAUCGGAAGAAUCUCUUAAGUUUGGAGUAUCUCCAAGCAUAUAUGUAGAGACAGGACUAUGCCACUUUUUUAAAAUAGCAUAACGAUCUCUCUUGGAAGGAAACAAUGAAUUGCUCCAUUUAACUGUUCUAUCAGAUGUCCUUUAAUUUUUCUAUCUUGAUCUUCAGUCUGUUCUAUUUUACUAUCAUCCUGAAGUCUCCGUGGCGUCAGAUAAGCACUCAUCCUCCAUGUCAUGUGUCAUCUGGCCACGUCCAGGUAGGAGCUCCGCCCUGUUACCCCACACAGCCUGCUGCUCUACCUUACCACAGGAAACCAGCCUUCAUUCCAGACGUGCGGCAAAUGGGAGCAUCGGCCCAAUGGGCCAUAAUUCAUUCUGUACCACCCUCCUCUUUCACUGCCAUAAACCAUGGGAAGAGAAAUAAUCUACUCCCUGACCUUGUUUUGUACCUCUCACCUAAAACUCGGUUAUUCCUUUAAACACUUAAAGCUUUCUCGCAGGACCUGCUUUACAUAGCCUGUCACCUAAGGACUUAUUGUAAGGUAAGAUGUAUACAAUCAUUUGAGUUUCUUUCUUUUCCAUUAUCGUGCUGAUACUUAAAAAUUGGACAUCAACUUGCAAGAAUUCCUUAAGGGGUAUGAUCUGGCUGACUAUCCACUAUCCCAGGGCUAUGAAAGAAUGCAGGUUUAAGUUCUGGAACGUGCUGAGAUUGUUUUCUGAGUUGCUGAAGAGACCUUGUUCUGAGUGCUAAAGCAUAUUCCUCUACCUGCUUAUUGCAGCUGUUUUGUGUGGGGGUGACUCAGACCUGACCGAGACCCGAGGCCAGGCAGCAGGGGUGAAGGUGAAUGAAGUGAGCCAGGCGAGGAGCAGGGGUGGGGACACCGAGGGAGCCUAGGGCACACCCAAGGGGCACAGCAGCUCCAUGCGGGCAGCCCUGCGGCAAAGUGGGCCCGGAGUUGCCAGAGCUUGUGUUUCUCAAGAGACUCCAGAAUCUGGAUGUUUUUUGUGCCAUCUCUCUGUUCAUAAGCGUUGGCAACUGAUCUGAACAUUUUCACAGCCCACAUGUGGGUGGGCUGUGGUCUCUCCACCCAUGGCCUCGGCCCUGGGGUCCUGUAAAUUGUAGUGUGAGGUCCUGGCUUCCCUGGUCACACCUGGGUUAAUGGUUGCACCUUAUCCAUAAUGUGGGCACCCUGUCCUGUGUUAAGCUGCUUUUAGUCCUCAUUUUACCCAUAUAUUCUGUCCCAGAGUGCUCAUUCACACACGUGAGGAACUCGAUCAAAGUUGCCUAAAUAGAUGCUAAAUAAGCCUGUACUUUCACAGAAGUGUUUGAUUCAAUCAUCUUUAUACCUUGACCGUAAACUGUCAUGAUAGGAGCACCAUGAUGGUGUUUGGUUUACUAAGUCACUGUGUGUGGAUGCUUUUGCCGGGCUUUGCUACACGGAGCUUGAGGAAAGGGUCCACAUCUCCAAAAGACUCGUCCACUUGCUUAUCUGCACAACCCUAAGUGCCAUGCUCCUGUCAGAUGCUGAGGGGAUGCCUUCUCGAAGGAUGUCUUCUAACUGAAGUGCAAGCACCAUCUGAAAACCUUAGCUGCAUGCUGCGCACACUUAGCUGUCCCUUGUCUUUCUUGCAAACACCUGCCGUCGGAUUGGGCACACAUGGGGCCCUCAGGAAAGGCUCAGCAGCAGUCUUCAGUUGGCGACUGUGGCCUGGGGGGACAGACUUCUGAACAAUGAGUCAUCCACAGCGGGUGAAAUGGCGUCCUCACCUGAGCACUCGAGGACCUGUGCCCUAGAGAAAGUCAAGGAGUGUGGGGACCAAUGACGCGUUUCCAGUUGCAGGAACACCGCAGAAUUUGCUGUUAGCCCACAGUGCCAAAUCUCUGGAAAGAAGUUCCCAGGUGGAGCGACAUGCGGUGGCAGGAGGGCCACAAGGCCCCCUGCCCCCCGAGUGCCUCGCACGGUUCCUCAGCCUCGUCUGAGAUCUGGUGUCGGAGGUCUUCCAGUCCCGUUAGCGAACCGCACCUUGUCUGAACGGUGGUUCACUGCUUUUUGCACAUGGGUUCCAUAGCCUUGCACUAAUGUCUGUUAAUGUCAUUUUUUUACCCUUUAUUUUCAAAUCCCCAUCCCCCCUCCCAGAGCUGGUAGGACAGAGGUGCACUUUACAAAACUGGCACUUGUUGAAGAGGAGACAGCUCCCCCCCAAGCUCCUUUAACUGAAGUCAUUUUCUGCCUCAGAAUGCAAAUAGUUCUUAUUUGCCAAAGAACAAUUGGGCCCAAAGAUCAAAUACAGCAUUUCAUGUGAUUGGAACUGUAAAUGCACAACUCAGGAGCUGUUGUCCAAUUCCUCAAGAGAUUUAAGCUGCAGAACCAAGAGUGAGGCUAGCAUGUGUUUGUCCACAGCAGCUGUGAGCUUUCCAAACAUAAUUUUCCUCCUUUCCUUGUCCCAGUUGAAGGUCACUCUUGUUUUUACAAAAGGAAAUGCUGCAUAGGAAAAAAUGAAAUGCCUUUUAUUCAAAUGUGUUUUAUCUAUGUCACCCUUUAUUCUUGAGUUGUUCUUCAUUUUUAUUGUACAUUCUAUUCCUGUAAUUAUUGUACAACCCUUUAAGCAUUGUAAAAUUGUUUUGGAAUUUGUGCCUGCUAGUUAUGCAAUAAACAGGCUCUAUAACAGAA